AUGUUCCUAUUCCUCAUAUUGUUCUCCUUUGCAAUCAGCCAAGAGCUUCAUGAAGAAAUCCGCAAGCAAAAAAUUGCUUCGUGUUUACUGCUGCUUAGGUAUAAAACUUCUCAAAAUGAAAAAGAAAUCCAAGACUUUGUCAAUGAAUUAGAUGAAAAAGUCAGAGAUACAGCUAUGAAUAAAAUUAUUGGAGAUAUUAUGAUAAAUUGUAUUGAGAGGAUUAGUGUGCCGGAUGCUGUCAAUAUUUUUGAAUAUCAGGAGAAUGUGGAUUAUUUAAUUCAAAAGCAAGGGAUUUUGGUAUGGAAUAAAGAGGAUUAUAGAGGAAAAGAAGAAAUUAGUUAUACUGACUCCCCCCCCCCCCUCCGUGAGUGAACAAAAAAAUUUUGUUCACUCACGGAGGGGGGUUAAUUUUUUUUUUUUAAAAAAAUUUUAUAUAUAAAUUUUCUAAAAAAUUUUUGUUUUGAAAUUUAAAAAAAUCCUAAUUUGCAAAAAUUUGAAAGCAAAUAUUAAUUUAAUUUAUAAAAAUUUAUGUUUUAAAACGCAAUUCAUUUAAAAUUAAACAGAAUUAGCUCUAGAUUUCAUUAUAUUAAUUAUCAUUUAUAUAUCAAAAAUUUUUUUUCCAUAAAAAAUUUUUGUAUUAAAAAAAUUUUUGUUCACUCACGGAGGGUGGGUUUUUGGGCAAAAAAUGGCGAUUUUUCUAAUGGUUUUGUUCACUCACGGAGGGGGGGGAGUGAGGAGUAUUAUAAGCUGUUUGAGGAAAUCAAGCAGGUAAAAGAACAGUUUAAGAUGGACAAUGGUGGUGUAUAUUAAAGUGGCGAGGAGAAUCAACCACCCUUUUAAAAACUGUAGAUGGGGAAACCCAGGGACCCUGUGGAAGGCAAGAUGGUAAUGUGUAUCCGGCCAGGUUUUAAUUGGUCUAGUGGAGCGCAAUAUCGGACUAGGCCAAGUGCAUUCUACUCCAGGUCAAGAUUUUAUCUUGUGGGAAGAUGAAACUGGAGUUGGAAAGGAAAGGAAAGAUCCAGAAAAACCAGUAAGUUUCCUCCUCGUCAAUCGGGAUUACUUCCAAGCGCGAUGCCAGCUUUGAGUUCUGACUACGUGAAUUCCAAUUUGGCCAGAAGAUUCGAUUUAUUGAAUGUUUUGGAAUCUGAACCCCGCUGACUGACAGUAUAGUAGCUCAGCGCAUCGAGCUCAAGGGUAGUAAUUGCAAGCCCUCGUCCGUGAGAAGCGACAGAGAUUCUGUCCUCAGACUGGCAAGCAAUAGGUGCAGUCAAAAAAAGAUUAAUGCCCUUAUGGCUUACUAGAAGUUUUUCUAUAAUCUUAAGUUAAGUUAAGCUGGAGCAACGGAAAGUGGCUGAGCCAUUGCCAUUGAAAAAAUUUGGGUGGAGAUAUUUUAUUUUAAUUGUUGGGAUUUUUGGAGCAUUUUUCUAUUGGGCUGUAAAGAGAGUGCUUAAAGCAGAUGCGCCAAAGAAGAAAAAAAAUAAAAAAGACGAAUAA